AUGUCAACCGCCCUCCGACCCGUCCUCCGACCUCAACACCUCCCCAGUCUCCCAUCCUCAACAUCAACCUCAACUACAUAUGUUUGUCAAUCAUGCCGUCAUGCCCGUCUUCUACGCCGUCCAAAGAGACCCUAUACAUUCACUCAACUAGUUACUCUCUCCGACGGUAGCGCUUUCACUAUGCGCACCACCUCUCCCGUCCCAGUCUACCGGUCCAACAGAGAUACUCGAAAUGCCCCGAUGUGGAACCCGAGCUCCAAGGAUCUAAUGUCUGUGGAAGACGAUGAAGCAGGCCGAUUGGCGGGUUUCAGAGCUAGAUUCGGUCGCUUCUUCGAUGCUGCCUCAGCCAACCCGACAGUCGCUGACACCAUCCCUGAGGAACCCGUCCAAGAUCAGGUGGAGGCAGAUCCUGUGCAAGCAGCGGUCGAAGGGAAAGUCGACGCCAAGGGACCUUCGCCUCAAUCGACGCAACAACUACAAACGAGGCAGAAGAAGAAAGAAAUUCAGUUUGAAGACGAAAAGAACGAAUUUGAGGAGGAUGAUAUGAAUCUAUUGGAUCUGAUCAAUUCCUUUGGUAGACAAAAUCCACCACAGGAAUCCACCAGGAAAGAUACAGGUGGUAAGAAGUGA